AUUAGGUUGAGUGUGAUGGUUGUGUUCGAAUGUUACUAAGGCAAGCUAGUUUAAGCAAAGUUCUAAAUUUUAAUAGUUCAAAUUCCAAAUUUGUUUCGUCUUCCGUUUAUGGCUGAUUGCUGUAAUAUUAUCCACACUCUAUCAGUAUCCGCAUUCCGACCGAUUCUUUAGCAAACCGGAAUUCUUCUCCCAAUCAUACCCCAAGCUUUGAGAUAAGCCAUCACCAUCAAUUUAAGGCUCUUUGGAUAUCGGGUGGAUUUCGAAUAGCACAAUCAGAUAACCCACUACUCCAAAAGCACAAUGGCUGGAUCGAGGAGACGUUGCAGCCUUUUGGGCUACUAUGAGUACUUGAUGCCCGGAAUAUACGACUAUCCGGUGACCCAUAGUGCCGCAGCUACUAUAACUGCCUACAACCUGAGUCCCAUUCUGGCCUGUGGCUCAUCCCCUUGGUCUGGUUCCUGUGCGAAUGCCGACUACGUGGCCGGACCCUUGGGCGUGAUCAACUACUCCUCGGAUAUGCAAUCGCACUUGGCUCUGCCCACCAUCGAGUGCCUGCAAACCGGUUUGAUUUUUACCAGCUUAGGUCAAAUGUCGCUGGGUUACUAUUCCGAUCAGUACUCCCAAAUCGAGGAGGAUCUAACGGACAAUGAGGAGUACGGGUACGAGAUUCCCCAGCUGGACAUUUGCCUGGAUCACCUGACUUCGGAGGGGAAUGAGGAGCAGGCGAAGGAGUGUUCCUCGGACUCUCAGAGUUCACCCAACAGUUACUCAUCGGUGGAGAUCAGCGAGCAGUCGGAAUCAGGAUCUAGUUCGGGAUCUGGAUCAGGAUCAGGAUCAAGGUCUCGAUCAGAAUCAGGAUCUAGAUCAGGAUCAGGGGAUUCCCAGGAAAAGCCAAAAAAGCGAAGAAGAGUCUCGGUAAAACGAAUCUACAAGGCGAAACAGGGUUAUAUAGUAGAGGAGCCCACUAGCGAGUUGUCCGAGGAGGAACCGGAGGAACUGCCACCCGCAUCCAGGACAUAGAUCUCUUUUAGAACUUCAGUAGCUUAGUUAGAUGUACUGCAAACGCACUACCUGUAAGCAAGUGUACAAAUCGUUCAAAUUGAUUGUUGCAAUUGAAUAGUGAGCAAAUAAAUAUAUAUAUUUUAUAGCAA